UAUAAAACACCAGUUGAUUCAGAUAGUUGCAGUCGUUCGUCUGAACUUUAUCACAGUCGGAGUAGUCAUGUCCUUCUGUUCGUUCUUUGGAGGGGAGUUUUAUAAAGAUCAUUUUGAGACUGGCAUGUAUGUUUGUGCCAAAUGUGGACAUGAGCUGUUCUCCAGCAGGUCCAAAUAUGAGCAUUCAUCACCCUGGCCAGCCUUCACAGAAACCAUCCAUGAAAACAGUGUGUCUAAACACGAGGAGAGACGGGGCGCUUAUAAGGUUAAAUGUGGUAAGUGUGGAAAUGGCCUUGGCCAUGAGUUUGUGAAUGACGGACCCAAACACGGCCUCUCGCGCUUCUGAAUAUUCAGCAGCUCUAUGAAGUUCAUUCCUAAAGGCAAGAAUGAACAGCAGUAGAGCUAGAUAAGCACGUGAGGAUGUUUCAGGAAGAGUGUAUGGAGAAGAUCUGAUGUGUUUCCGGUGUGGAUGGUGUAUGAAAGGCUCUGAUGAAAAGCCCACAGAGGAGCAUUCAGAGCGAUGAUGUGUACAACCUCAUGGGAAACAUGAAGAAGCGUACUCCCAGUAACUGCUACAACCAAUCAACACACACAACUAUGCAGUUCUUUUAAAAUAUGCACAAUAUACACUACUGUUCAAAAGUCUGGG